GUGAAGCAAGGAGAGGACUUCAUGGGGCGCCCAGACCUGCACAGCUCCCAGUACAUUUCAAAUGGGCAGAGCAUGGCCUUCAGCCCCGACUCCGGGGAGGUGUGGAAAGCUCGCAGGAAGCUGGCCCAGAACGCCCUCAAGACCUUCUCCAUUGCCCCCAGCCCCACCUCCUCCUCCACCUGCCUGCUGGAGGAGCAUGUCUCCAACGAGGGAACCAAGUUCUUGCAGUUGAUGGAGGAGGAGAAGAGGUUUGACCUUAACCAGUACCUGGUGGUGUCCGUGGCCAACGUUAUCUGCGCUAUGUGCUUUGGCAAGCGCUACGAGCACAAUGACCAGGAGCUGCUCAGCUUGGUGAACCUUGGCAAUGAAUUUGGGGAUGUGGCUGCUUCUGGCAACCCUGCUGACUUCAUCCCCCUGCUCCGCUACCUUCCCAGCCGCACCAUGGAGCUCUUUAAGGACAUCAACAGGCGUUUCAAUGCCUUUGUGCAAAGAAUUGUCCAGGAGCAUUACACCAGCUUUGAUAAGGAGCACAUCCGGGACAUCACAGACUCGCUGAUUGAGCACUGCCAGGAGAAGAGUGUAGGGGAGGAUACCCGUGUCCAGCUCUCCAAUGAGAAGAUCAUUAACAUUGUCUAUGACCUCUUUGGGGCAGGCUUUGACACUGUGGCAACUGCCUUAUCCUGGAGCCUCAUGUAUGCUGCCUUGUACCCUGACAUCCAGAAGAAGAUCCAGGAAGAACUAGGUGAGUCCAUAAACCUCCAUCCUCUGAGGAUAAUACCCU